CUCCAAACCGGUUGACGGGAAGUCUGUUUUCGAAUACGCCUCAUUGCAGUCACCGAUGGCGUUAUUUUAAUAGCCAUGCGAAUGAAUACACAUGCGCAGUGAUCUCCAGAUUGUUGCUUCUUCCUGAUUUUGAACGCGACAUUUUGAAGAGAUAAAGGUUUUGCUGUUCUGUUGAACUUUCAUCAUGACCUGUUCUAAGACAGACUGUGUUGAGAAAGUUUUCAGCACAGCUUUUCAGAAGCUCGGGAAGAUUGUUGGCACACAUCCCUGGUGGUUCUUCACAAUUCCUCUACUUAUUUCUGCGGGACUGGGUGCAGGUUUUUAUUUUUUACCGGUACUUGAGGCCAAUGAUUUGGAAGAGCAAUUUACACCUAUCGGAGGGCCAGCAAAGUCCGAGAGAGAUUUUAUUAAGCAACAUUUUCCAACCAAUGAUUCUGAAUCCUUCUCUGCACAGAGGCUGUACACAGAGGGGACGUUUGCUUCCUUUAUUGCUGUAUCGAAAGGUAAAAACAUUCUUAACAUAGAUGCGUUUAAAGAGAUCAUAUCACUUGAUGAAAAGGUGAAGCAGUUUAGUAUCUCUGAUAAUGACCAUACCAUGAGAAACUAUUCUUCUCUUUGUGCAUUGAGAUCAGGCUCUUGCUUUUCAAAUGCUAUUUUAAACUACAGUCCGGGGAGCACCCAGUUUACUUAUCCAACAAUGAAGAGAAUUUUUAUUGGUUCAACAAUUGGAGGUGUAAAAUUAAAACCAAAAAGCAGUAUCAUAGAAACAGCAAAAGCAAUUAAAAUUGACUAUUAUUUACAAGAAGAUAGAGAAGAAAUGAAAGAGAGAAGUUUGCUGUGGUUGCAAAAUUUCCUUUUUGCUUUUCCUAAGGAACUGAUGAACCUGACGGAAAUUGAGGUGUCUUAUUUCACAUCAAUAUCAAGGCAAGAAGAAUUUGAGGAAAAUGCUGAAAAAAUUGUUCCUUUGUUCUCGGUCACUUAUUUUCUUUCAAUCUUUUUUUCCAUCACAUCUUGCAUGAGGUUUGACUGUGUGAGGACUAAAAUCUGGGUGGCUGCUCUGGGAGUUGUGUCAGCUGGAUUUGCGGUACUAUCAGGAUUUGGAUUGUUGCUGUUUUGUGGGAUGAAAUUUGCCAUCAAUACGGCCAAUGCACCAUUCCUCAUUCUAGGUAUCGGUGUGGACGACAUGUUUGUUAUGCUUUCAAGCUGGCAAAAGACAAAAGUUAAAGAUAAAGUUGAAAAACGUUUGGCAGACACGUAUGCUGAUGCAGCUGUUUCCAUCACAAUCACCACAUUAACUGAUGUUUUAGCCUUUUAUAUUGGCAUCAUGACACCUUUUCGAUCUGUGCAAUCAUUUUGUGUUUACACUGGUACAACAGUUCUGUUCUGUUUUAUUUAUAACAUUACAUUUUUUGGAGCUGUUCUUGCACUGAACGGGAGAAGAGAAGCCAGUAACAGGCACUGGCUGACAUUCAGAAAGGUUGACAAGACUCCUAAACCAGGAGGAUCUACACUGACCACCAUGUGUUGUGUAGGUGGGGCUUAUGAUCCGAAAACAGGUACCGAAUCAGAGCAUCCAAUCUACUACUUCAUGAAGGAAUAUUACGGUCCAUUCCUCACCAACGGAUGGACCAAGGCAGCUGUGGUUUUCCUAUAUUUAGGAUAUUUAGCUGCCAGUAUUUAUGGCUGUUUGCAGAUCAAGGAAGGAAUUGAUCUCAGAAAUCUGGCCGUUGAUGAUUCAUACGUGAUUCCGUUCUAUGAUGCACAAAGAGAUUUUUUCUCAGAGUAUGGACCACGAGUCAUGGUCACUGUCACUGAAUCUGUAGAGUAUUGGAAUCCCACUGUGCGGAGUGAUAUUGAAACCUGUAUGAAGAGAUUUGAAAACCUCUCAUAUGUAGAUCGUAAACUGUCAGAGUCCUGGCUUCAUGUCUACGUUAAAGCAAGUAAUGGUAUAGAUAUAAACAAGCAAAGUACAUUCAUGACAAACUUAGCAACAUUCCUUCAGUAUGCCCCUGCAUUCAAACAAGAUAUUGACAUUUCAGAAAAUGAACUGAGCAUUAGUGCUUCACGUUUUUUCAUUCAAACCAUGAAUGUCAAUAGCUCAGUUGCUGAAAAAAACGUACUGACUGAAUUAAGAAAUCUGGCAAAGAAAUGUAGAAUUCCCUUGCUGGUAUAUCACUCUGCAUUUAUCUAUUUUGAUCAAUAUCUUGUUAUAGUAUCCAACACAACACAGAAUGUAGUUGUGGCUGCUCUUGCUAUGCUUCUCAUUGCUUUAUUGUUAAUACCUAAUCCAGUCUGUUCUCUGUGGGUCACACUUGCAACGGCAUCGGUUUUGGUGGGUGUAACUGGGUUCAUGGCUUUUUGGGGUGUCAAUUUAGAUUCCAUAUCGAUGAUUAAUCUGGUCAUCUGCAUUGGCUUUUCAGUGGAUUUUUCAGCUCACAUUUCCUAUGCAUUUGUUUCAAGUGGCAAAAGCAGUUACAAUGAACGAGCUAUCGAUGCAUUGUAUGCUCUUGGGUAUCCCAUUAUCCAGGGAGCAGUUUCAACCAUUCUGGGUGUGGUUGUGCUGGCUGCUGCAGGAAGUUACAUCUUCAGGACAUUUUUUAAAAUCAUGCUUCUUGUCAUAUCUUAUGGGGCAGUUCAUGGUCUUGUAUUCCUGCCCGUGUUUCUAACUUUCUGUGGAAAUUAUGCAAAGACAGACAAGGACAUAAGUGCAUUCCUAGCAAAGCCAAAUAAACAGACAAUCAAUCUGCAUCCAAAUCCAAAAGAAAACAUUCCCAAAAUAGAAGGCAACUCUUCAGGAACAUUUCAUUUAGUCAGUGAAAGUAUGGAGCCCAGUGAAAUAACACUUCUAUAAAUACAUUGCAUGGACUGUCCAUGAUGGUGUAUUUUAAUUUAUUUUUUAGUUUUGUUCAUUACUUGAACAGAUUUAGGUUUUUUUUGUUUCUCUGCUUGAAGAAGUGAAGGAAAACAGACUAUUUUCAUUUAUUAGUCCAACAGUGGAUUCCGGUUAAAUGGGCCAUCAGUUAAUCAGGGAGCAGCUGCUUAUUUGGGACAACUCUUAAAGAACAAAAAGAAAUUGAGAAAAUAACCAGGAUUUGUUUUGUUUAUUUGGGAUACUAUGCAGCUUGAUUGAGGCAGGAGAUUGUUCCUGAACAUUUUCUAACUAGCGUCAGUUGCGUGCUCAUUUUAUGGCUAAUAGACAUCACACCCUGCUUAGAGUGAAGCUUUUAAAUAGCAUCAGUUUCUUGUUUGUGUUCAAAAGGCAGUAAUUUUUGUCACUGGUAGUUGUCAAGUAAUAAAGGGUAGGACUGGUUUGCCCACUGGUUUCAAGCAUUCAGGCUUGAAGAUAGCAGAAAUGGCUGGGCGUGAAAAUGAAGCAAAUUCACUACUUCAAGUUAGGAACAACAAAGAAUAUAAAGACAUAAACAAUCAUCUUGAAUGUUACAAUGAAAUAUAAUAUUUGCAGGAUGCAAUUGUUGAGUGUACUGUCUGCACUAGGUAUUUGUUUGAUUUUGUUCAUUAGAUUUGUUUUUAUAAGACUGUUUAAUGUCUUUUUCACAGUUAAUGGAUAAAUAUGAUAUCUCUAAUACACAUUUUUUCAGGUAUUUACAGGUUAAGUAUUUUUUACGUGAUUUUUUACCAAAUUACCCCUUGGCCUGCUCUUUAAAUUUGGCUUAUGUUAUUUUUCAGUUUAAACCUUUUCAAAAAUGAUUAAUAGCUAUCAUUUAUAAACAGUUAAUGAAUGCUCAUAUGUCACCUAAUGAUAGGGUUCAACGCACCUGGGAAGUAGAACUUCAACAUUCACUCUUAGAUAACCAAUGGAGUAAAAUUUAUUAUUUAGUCAAUAAUUCAUCUAUCUGCACACACCAUAUUUUAAUUCAGUUUAAGAUAGUACACGGGGCCCAUAUGUCCAAAGAUAAAUUGGCGCAUAUUUUUCCUAAUAUAAGCCCUAUUUGUGAUAGAUUUAAUGCAAAAGUGGCUACUCUAACCCAUAUGUUUUGGUCAUGUGUAAGUUUAAAUAAUUUUUGGAGGGAUGUGUUUGGAAUAUUAUCUAAAGUUAUAGAUAUGGAUGUUCAACCUAACCCACUUACAGCAAUUUUUGGGAUCUUUCCAGAGGAAGCAAGCAAAGUGUCUGCUUCCGCCCAACAUGUGAUGGCUUUUUCAACUUUACUGGCUAGGAGAGCUAUUUUGUUACACUGGAAAGAAUCUAACCUACCUACUGUUUUCUAUUGGCUCUCUUCCAUUAUGUCAUGUCUAAGUUUGGAGAAAAUUAGAAACCAGACAUUUGAUACAUCCAUUGAUUUUGAACGUCUGGUGACCCUUUAUUCAAUAUUUUCACAUGAUUUAAUUUAUCUUUAUUUAUUUAUUUUUCUUUAUUCUCUUUGGGGAAAAUCCUUAUCCCUGAAGGUUCAGAGAUGACUGGAAGGAUGUAUUUUUUUUCUCUCUUUUAAAAUUUUAUCCACAAUUAGUCUGCCUAAUCUUUCUUUUUCAUUCCUUUCUCUUUUUUUUUGUUUCAGUUUAGUGAGUGGGUUUUUUUCUUUAUCAAUAAAAUUUCCAGUUUUUUUAUGAUUGCUAUGAGGAAUUAUAGUGUAUUUUUGACCAUUGUGUAUAUAUAACAGCAUAAUAUAUUACCUAUUUGAUUUUGACAUUAUAUACUUUCUGUUUUUACUAAUGCUGUUUAUAUGUCUUUUAUAUUAUCCACUUGUAAAACUCCUCUUUCGAUUUAUAUAUUCUUUAUUUGAAAAUCAUUAAAAAAGAUUGAAAAAUGAUUUUGUUCAUUUACAGUCAACCUAAAGAGCAUGUCAGUGUACAAUGAAUUAAUUAUUCCAUCGAUAACUAUUAGAAACUAAUACAGAAUUUUAUAGUGCUGGUUUAUGUUUGUUUUAAUAUUUUGUUUUAUAUGCUAAUUUUAUAGCAUUGAUAGUGUUCUCAUUUGUUCUGUAUUUCAUUUAAGUACAUAAUUUGUUACUCAGUUAAAUAGGAGUUUGUCUUUUUAUAUCCUUUUAACUACUGUAUUGGUCUAAUUGGGGGAGCUGCUUAAUUAGACUAUUCCCAAUUAAUGUCCCAAUUAAUUGAAAUGCACUGUACUUCUUUUCAGUUGAGAAGUAGGGCAUGCACAGUGAUAAGAGCUGGUGUUCAGCCAGAGAAAUGGAAAAUGUCCAGGAUCAAGUAGUUACAGACUGAAAAGCUCACUUGCAUAGUGCCACAUCAAAGGCUGGUGCAUAAAUUAUACUUUCGAGUUACUGGAAAAAGUGUGUUGGCAUGAAUUAAAAAUAGGCUGUUACAUGUUAAGCAAAGAGAAUCAGAAGCAGGUUUAAUAUCACUAGUAUAUUAAAUUUGUGAAUUACAGUAAAUAUAAAUGUGCAAAUAUAUAUAUAUAUUAGUCAAAUAGGUAAAAGUAGUGAGGUCCUGCUGAAUGGUCUCAGCCUGAAAUGUCAACUUCUCUUUUCCAGAGGUGCUGCCUGGCCGACUGAGUUCCUCCAGCAUUUUGUGUGUUACUGAGGAAGUGUUCAUGAGUUCAAUGUCCAUUCAGAUUAAAUGUGUGCCUUCAUGCUCUUAUGUACCUCCUCCUUGAUGGCAAUGAAAAGAGGCCAUGUCCUGGGUGAUCGGGAUUCAUAAUGAUGGAUACCUCCUUUUUGAGGCAUCGAUACUUGAAGAUGUCCUGGAUGCUACAGAGACCACUGCCCAUGCUGCCCAGAGACUUGACUGAGUUCAUAAAUUGCUGCAGCUGCUUUAUCCCAUGCAAUAGCCACUCCCCCUCCCCCACCAGACAUUGAUACCGCUAGUUACAAUGCUCUCCAUGGUACAUCUGUAGUAAUCUACAAGUGUCUGUGACAUACCAAAUCACCUCAAAAACCUAAUGGAAUAUAGCUACUAUUGUACCACCUUUUAUCUGCAUUUGAUAUGUUGGGCCCAGGAUGUUAGCACCCAAAGACGUAGAACAGUACGGCAAAAGGAAGAGGCCCUUCAGCCCAUUAUGUUGUGUUAAGGAGAUUAUCUCUCACUGCUUUCUGUAGUCAGAAGUUCCCACCUGCUUCAAAAGGGCAACUAUCAUACCAGUGUCCAGGAAGAGCAGGAUGAGUUGCCUCAACAACUACCACCCAGUGGCACUCAAGUUUACUGUGAUGAAGUUCUUUGAGAGGUUCGUCAUGGCUAGAAUCAACUCCUGCCUAAGCAAGAAACUGGACCUACUGCAAAUUGUCUAUCACAGAAUAGGUCUAAAGCAGAUGCAAUCUCACAGGUUCUCCGCUUGGCCUUGGGUCACCUGGACAAUAGUAACACCUAUGUCAGGCUGCUAUUUGACUACAGCUCAGUGUUCAACACCAUCAUGCCCUCAAUUCUACUCAACAAGCUCCAAAAUCAGCCUCUGCAACAAGAUCCUUGACUUCUCACAGGGAGACUACAGUCUAUGUGAAUCUGGAAUAACAUAUCCUUCUCGCUAACCAUCUGAUGCAUCAUAAUGCAUGCUUAGCCCACUGCUCUACUCUCCCUACACCCAUGAUUGUGUAGCUAAGUACAGUUCAAAUGCCAUCUAUAAAUUUGCUGAUGACACUAUUGUUGGCAGAUAUUCAGAUGGUGAUGAGGUGGUGUACAGGAGCGAGGUAGAUGAGUGGUUGAGUGGUAUUGAAGCAAUAACAUUGCACUCAGUGUCAGUAGGACCAAAGAUCUGAUGGUGGACUCUUAGGAAGGUAAAGUCAAGGGAAUACACAUCAGUCCUCAUCAAGGGAUCUAAAUUUGAAAGGGUGAGCAGUUGCAAGUUCCUGGGUGUCAACAUUUAUGAAGAUCUAUCCUGAUGGAAUGGAUAUUGAUAGAACUACAAAGAGAGCAUGGCAGUGUCUAUAUUUCAUAAUGAGUUUGGGGAGAUUUGGUAUGUCACCCAAGACAUUCACAAAUUCCUACAGAUAUAUUGUGGAAGCAUUCUAACUGAUUGCACCACCACACCGACCUUUCUACCCACAUAAAUGGUUCCCUUUUUUCUAUAUUGGACUGGUAUCCUUCUAUGGUUUCUCUACUUGUCUAAGUGUCUCUUAAAUUUAAGUACUGUAUCUGCUUCCACCACAUCCUCAAGGAGUUCCAGUUAUCAACCAUAAGUUGUUGGCAAGACUACAUUUGGAAUAUUGUGUACACCUAACAAAGGGAAGAUGUCAUUAAGCUGGAAAGGGGUCAUGGUUCAUGAAGAGGUUUCUGGAACUGGAGGGCUCAGUUAUAUGGAUAGACUAGGACCCUUCUUCUUGGAGUACAGGAGUUGAGGAAUUACAUUACAGAGAUGUGAAAUCAUGAAGGGAGUAGAUGAUGAUGGUCAUAUUCUUUUUUCCCCACAGUAGGGAAAGUUAAAACCAAAGGAGAGGACAGUAAUUUAAGGUGAGGUGGGUAAGAUUAUAAGGAAACCUGCAAAAAAACUUUGCACGCAGCGGGUUGAAGGAGCUACCAGAGGAAGCUGCCAAGGUGGGUAUAACUAUUGAUCGAUGCUAGAAAACGUUUAGAGCAGGGUUCCCAAUCUAGUGUCCAUAGGUCCCUUCCUUAACGUCCAUGGCAUAAAAAAAAGAUGGAAGCCCCUGGUUUAAAGGGUUAUGAACCAAACAUAGAUGGGAGUAACCUGGGUUGACAUCUUGGUCAGCAUGAGUUGUGUUGAAGAGACUGUUUCCAUACUGUAUAUUUCUAUGAAUAUUUGUAAAUUUGCUGAUGAUAGGACAAUUAAAAAAAGCAUGUUGUGUCAAAGAUGUGGUCAUUCUAUUGUAAUUGACAUUCUGAUUAUAUCCCAUUGAAAUGAUAUAGGUUAAAAACAAUAGGUAAAUGUUCCUGUUAGUUCCCCCAGCUGAAUUUAAAUCUGCUGAGUUCUUCCAGCGUGUUGUACGUGUUGCUUUGACCCCAGCAUCUGCAGUGUACUUAGUGUUUAAUGUUCCUGUUACUAGCACAUUGUUACAGAAACCUGAUGCAUAGUUCAUGACAUCUGCUUUAUCCCUUAAUCUUCCAGUUAGUUGUAUAUUCAUGGAGCCAUCCUUCAACACUGUAACAAAACAGGUAUAUUUUGGGUGCCUGGAGUUUGUGCUAAGGUUUUUGGAAUGGACACCAGUAUUAAAUAUUCAAAUUGGGAUCUGCUAGUUAAGUAGGUGAUUAUAGUAAAUGAAACUGUACUUAAUUGUUAAUUAUCUUUGUUACCUUUGUGCUGUUGACUUUGAGUGAGAUUUGUCUGGAUUGUCCCUCCUGGAGAUUUGCUGUGUGAAUACAGAGUUUUAUAUUUGCAGGUACAACUUCUGAGUGGCUCAGUUUUAGUUACAAAAUCAUAAAUAAUGAGGGUCUCAGUAUGGAUCCCUACAGUACUUUCACCACUCACUAUUGGAAUUGGCUUUACCCUAAUAGUGUUCUUUCUUCUAUAAUGUUGUAUAAUUUAAAGUAUUUUCUUGUGAAUAUUGUGACAUAUGCUAUGAAUUGUAAUGUGCUAAGUUUAUCAUUGCACCUGUGCAUACAUGUAUAUGGAAAUAAACUGAAUUUUAACUUUGGCCAGAGUUCCAAUCAGAAAACUAUCCUUUCAUCAUCAUCU